AUGUCUUUUGAGCGCUUGGACUCCCUGGAGGCCCAGCCUACCACGUUCCGCCGAUCUGAUGACCCUCAGUACCGCGAUGACCCGGAAUUCGACCGGUUUGCAGAGAACCUCUCCAACCAGCUGUUCAACUUGACAUCGAAUAUCUCUCGAUUAUCCAACCAGAUUGCGCUUUUAGGGACCAAACGGGAUACCGAGCGUGUCCGGGAGCGGGUACAUGAUCUACUAGAGGAGACCCGAGGGGGUUUCAAGGAUGUUGGGGAAGGUAUUAAGAAGGUGCAGAUGUGGGAAGACAUAAACCCGUCCCAGAAAUGGACCCAACAGAAGCUUUCAUCCGAAUUCAAGGCGAACCUAGAAGAGUUCCAAGUUGUCCAGCGUCGGGCUCUGGAAAAGCAACGUGCAUCCGCUGCUGCUGCUCGCACAGCGCUGGAAGAAGGGGGGCCCAUCUCCGCCGGAGCGGAGGCCCAGCAGCAACUGGAACAGCGGCAACUGGAACAGCCAGAUCUUGCCAACCAGAAUGAGGUGGAUUUCCAAGAGCACCUGAUCAUCGAGCGAGAGACCGAGAUUCGAAACAUUGAGCAGAGCGUUGGCGAACUGAACGAGCUCUUCAGAGACGUAGCACACAUUGUUCAUGAGCAAGGCGGACAGCUCGACAUCAUUAGCGAGAAUGUUGAGCGGGUUACCCACGAUACUCGCGGCGCAAACAUCGAGCUGCGUAGUGCUAGCAGAUACCAGAAGGGUGCGAGGAACAAGGCUUGCUGUCUUUUGAUCAUCUUGGCUGUCAUCCUAGCUAUUAUCGUCCUUGCUGUAACCUUGGGUUGA